CGCAGAGUCCUUCAGCUUCUAGCCGUCAAGCCUGCCCGCCUCUCCUUCGGGGUAUUCCGACCACGGCAGUUCCAUUUCCCAGGAUUUGAGAUCUCUCAGUUCGUCCUGCUUCCUGCCGCGGCCUCAGGAUCAUGACAUCAAAGCUGCAGCAGCAGCAGCAGCCACAGCAGCAGCUGAAUUCCUUGCCCAGUUAUGAGACCUUGAAGUUGGAACGGGCGCGCGAGAAGGUGCUCCAUGUGGAGCUGAACCGUCCUGAGAAAAGGAAUGCCAUGAAUGUCGCCUUUUGGAGAGAGAUGGUUGAGUGCUUCAACAAGAUCGCCCAGGACUCGGAAUGCCACGCAGUGGUGCUAUCGGGUGCUGGGAAAGUGUUCACUUCAGGCAUCGACCUCAUGGAGAUGGGCAGUGUGUUCGUGAUGGCAGAAGGUGACGACGUGGCCCGGAAGGCUUGGAACAUCCGUAAGAAGAUCCGAGACUAUCAGGAGUCGUUCACAGUCCUAGAGAAGUGUCCCAAGCCCAUCAUUGCUGCCGUUCACGGGGCCUGCAUUGGAGGAGGCAUGGAUCUCAUUUCGGCUUGCGAUAUUCGCUACUGUACCCAAGACGCUUGGUUCCAGGUUAAGGAAGUGGACAUUGGGCUGGCCGCCGACGUUGGCACGUUACAGCGUUUGCCACGGAUCAUUGGAAAUCGGAGCCUAGUGAACGAGCUGGCUUUCACUGCCAGAAAGGUGAUGGCCCCAGAGGCGGAGAGCUGCGGCCUCGUCAGCCGCGUGUUCCGAGAUCGGGAGACCAUGUUGCAGAGCGCCUUUGAUCUGGCCACCGAAAUUGCGAGCAAGAGUCCAGUCGCUGUGCAAGGCACCAAAAUCAACCUCCUCUACUCCAGGGACCAUUCGGUGCCCGAAGGCCUGAAGUACAUGGCUGCCUGGAAUAUGAGCAUGCUUCAAACCGAAGACAUCAUCAAGUCCGCCCAAGCUGCUAUGGAGAACAAGACCCCCAAGCAGGUGGUCUACUCCAAAUUAUAGAUGGCCGCCAGUGCCCGACCCGAAGCAAAGGGAUCGCUCUCUUGCUUUGCAGGGGGCUAAGCCUGGAUCCCAGCAGCCAGCAAGGCAGCAGGAACAAGUGCCUUUGAAUCACCCCACUGCCCACCCGUCCCUUCCAGCCCACGGGCCAAUUCUUUAGGGGCGCUUGGAAACAGAGUGCUUUUUCCCAAGCAUGCAGGUUAGCAGCAGAAGAGCAUAAUUCAUGUUUAACUAUUGCCAAAAACCUGAUUUUAACAAAGAUUAAAUAUGGUUUUAAUUAUGUGACAGU